AUGAGUUUAACUGAGUUUAAUCAGUGGUCACAGGGAGAAGGCCCAUCAGUUGAGGAGGAUGAGGAGACUGUGUCUGUAUGUUCAAGGAGGCCUGAGGAUGCUGACACUGUUCUAGAGCCCUCUCAGUCUGGGACCACAUGUGACAAAACAAGCAAUGUUAUGGAGCACUACACAACAACUACAAUGUCACAUGCCCUAGGUGGAGUCACUCUGAGCGUCCUGUACCUGGACUACACCUCCAACAUGGACAGAUCCAGACUACAAAGACAACAACAGCAGCAACAUCAAGAGAAAGAAAAACAGCUUACUGAACCAGCACCUGUCAAGUUUUUGAACAGUCAGCCCAGUGUCCUGGUGGGUCGGACAGAUGUUGUUUCUGUGACACCAUGGUUGGCCCCAACUAUUUGGGAGGGAACUUUUAGCCCCACACUGAUGGACUCUCUGUACAAUCAACAAAACAUCACCAUCGCAACCACAGUCUUUGCUUUGGGAAAAUACACACAUUUCCUUAAAGAUUUUCUGGAGUCAGCAGAGCAACAUUACUUUGUCGGAUUUCGAGUGCAUUACUACCUGUUUACAGAUCAACCAGAAAUGGUUCCUGAAGUAAAGCUGGGUGACCAACAUCGUCUGACCGUACGGGAGGUCCCAAGUUUGGACAGGUGGCAGGACAUUAGUAUGGGCAGAAUGGGAAUAUUGGAAAAACUAAUUAAGAGUGAACUGACCGAUGAGAUUAACUACGUUUUUUGUCUUGAUGUGGAUACAAAGUUCUACGGCCGCUGGGGCGUGGAGACUUUAGGUCGUCUAGUAGCGGUGCGACACCCUUGGUUCUAUGAUCACCCACGGUAUCGAUUCGCAUAUGAACGUAAUGCAGAGUCACAGGCAUUUAUAUCAUUUGAUGAAGGUGAUUAUUAUUACACAAGUUCUGCGUUUGGUGGCUUUUUGGAUGAAGUACAUGAACUCACUAAAACCUGCCGCGAACAGCAGAGCAUUGAUGCUGCAAACUCCAUUGAGACAAUAUGGCAGGAUGAAUCUCACUUGAACAAGUACUUUUUUUCUAACAAACCCAGUAAAUUGCUCUCUCCUGAAUAUCUGUGA